AUGGCCUCCCAGCUCUGCUCCCCGAUCUUCUCCUCUGGGUCCCUCAGGGGCCACUGUGGCGCGACCAGCGGCAUCUCUCGGGUGUCCUGUGUCCGCUCCGUGGGCUCCUGCAGGGGGUCCAGCCUUGCUGGUGUUUCGGGGUCAGCCUCCUCCAUCAGGCUGGGCCUCUCCAGCCUUGGGAGCUGCUUGCCUGGUUCCUUCCUGUCCUCUGGGUUCCAUUCCUCCGGCUUUGCCGGGGCCGGGGGCUGGCUCUGCGAGGGCUCCUUCAACGGCAACGAGAAGGAGACCAUGCAGUUCCUGAACGAUCGCCUGGCCAGCUACCUGGAGAAGGUGCGGCAGCUGGAGCGGGAGAACGCGGAGCUGGAGAGCCGCAUCCGGGAAUGGUACGAGUCUCAGGUCCCGUACAUCUGCCCUGACUACCAGAGCUACUUCAAGACCAUUGAGGAGCUCCAGCAGAAGAUCCUGCUAACCAAGGCUGACAACGCCAGGCUGGUCCUGCAAAUUGACAAUGCCAAGCUGGCUGCCGACGACUUCCGGACCAAGUACGAGACAGAGCUGGGCGUGCGGCAGCUGGUGGAGGCUGACACCAAUGGCCUGCGCCGGAUCCUGGACGAGCUGACCCUGUGCAAGGCCGACCUGGAGAUGCAGGUGGAGUCUCUGAAGGAGGAGCUGAUCUGUCUCAAGAAGAACCAUGAGGAGGAAGUCAAUACACUCCGAUGCCAGCUUGGGGACCGGCUGAACGUGGAGGUGGAUGCUGCUCCCCCGGUGGACCUCAACAAGAUCCUGGACGAGAUGAGAUGCCAGUAUGAGACCCUAGUGGAGAAUAACCGCAGAGAUGUGGAGGCCUGGUUCAACACCCAGACCGAGGAGUUGAACCAGCAAGUGGUGUCCAGUUCGGAGCAGCUGCAGUGCUGCCAGACAGAGAUCAUCGAGCUGAGACGCAACGUCAACGCCCUGGAGAUCGAGCUGCAGGCUCAGCACAGCAUGCGCAAUUCCCUAGAAUGUACCCUGGCAGAGACGGAGGCCCGCUACAGCUCCCAGCUGGCCCAGAUGCAGGGCCUGAUCGGCAAUGUGGAGGCUCAGCUGGCCGAGAUCCGCUGUGACCUGGAGCGGCAGAACCAGGAGUACCAGGUGCUGCUGGAUGUCAAGGCCCGGCUGGAGUCAGAGAUCGCUACCUACCGCCGCCUGCUCGAGGGAGAAGACUGCAAGCUGCCUGCCAAUCCUUGUGUCACAGAAUGCAAGCCUGCUGUUAGAGUUUCUUACGUCUCAAGCGGUCCCUGUGCCCCGGCCCCCCAGCUCAGCACCCAGAUCCGCACCAUCACGGAGGAGAUCAGAGAUGGGAAGAUCAUUUCUUCCAGGGAGCACGUGCAGCCGCUGUAA